AUGAUAAUCGACGCACCCAAUCAAUAAUUUCCAAAUAGAAAGUUUUAAACAAUAAAUCAAUUAGGAAAGGGAGCUUAAGGUUAAGUUUAUUUAGUGAAAUCAAUAAAUUGGGGAAUAAAUGAUUCAAAAUAGUUUGCAAUUAAAUAAUAACCAAAGUUUAAUGAGAAUGAGCUAUAAAUAUUAAAUAUGAUAAUGAAUUACUAAAAAGGCUAAUUUAAUCAAGCAUCAUAAGUGAUAAGGAUUUAUGAAAUAUUAUAAUACAAUAAUAAGGCAUACUUGAUAAUGGAAACUGGAGAAUAGGACCUUUACUCUUACAUUGAAUCAUAUUAAUAAUAAUAAUAAUAAUUAAGUUUAGACUAAAAAAUAAAAAUAAUGAAAUAAUUAUCAUAAUCUAUCUACUUUUUUCAUGAAACUUUAAAAUUAAUUCACAGAGACAUUAAACCUGAAAAUUUUAUCAAAGUAGGAGAUGAUUUCAAACUUAUUGAUUUUGGUUUAGCUAAACCUUCUCAAGAUUUUUUUAUGACAUAAAAUGUAGGAACACCAUAUUUUUAAGCACCAGAAAUAAUUUAAAACAAAUAAGAUUACACUUGUGCUGUAGAUGUUUGGUCAUUAGGUUGUGUGUUUUAUGAACUUUGUAAAUCAUAACUAUUAUUUUAAGCAAAUACUAUUUAGGAAAUAUAAAACAUUGUAUUAAAUUUCAAUUAAAAGUACUUAGAAGAUAAAUUAAGUUCAGAUGAGAUGCCUUAAUCGUUAAAGUAUCUUUUAAUUUAAAUGAUUCAACCAAAUCCCAAAGAUAGAUUAUCAAUUAAAGAAGUACUUAGUAAACUUAAUUAAAUAUCAACAGAAUAAUUUGGAAAUUAAUAUAAUAAUAGCUUUAUAGUUUAAAAUGUCUUCUAAAAAAAUAAUCAACAAUUUUAAUAAUAAAAUAAUUUUCCAUAAAUCAAUUAAUAAAUCUCAUUUAAUCCAUAAAUUUAAUAGUAAAAAUAAUAAUAAUAAUAGUAAUAGUAAUAAUUAAAAGAUUAGGAUUAAAAAUAAAUAGAAUAAAAUACUUUAAUUUAAUAAAUUAUAACUAUUUUAGAAAAAUAAAAUCUGUAACAAGAAUUCAAAAAUUUAUAAGAUCAAUAAGAUAAAUAUUAAUAAAGAAUAACUGAAUACAUUUAAUUGUUCUAAAAUUAAUUUGAGACAAAUUUGAAUGAUUUAAAAAAUGAAUUUAAAGAUUAAAAUAUUUAAUAAAUCAAAGUAUAAAAUAAUAAUAAUGAGAAUUUAACGAAAGUUAUGUAAGAAUACAAAUUAAAUAUCAAAGAUUUAGAUUUAAAAAAUAGAGAAUAAGACAUGUAAAUAAAAGAAUUAAAUUUAAGUAUAUUUGAAUUCAAAACUAAAAUAUAAGAAUAAAAUAACCAAAUAAAUAUAUUUAAAGAUAAAGAAUAGGCAUAAUUACAAUUAGAUUAAUAUAAUAAAGAGUUGAUUCAAAAAAUUGAAAAAUAUAAAUUCAAUGAGAUGUAAUAAUAAAUGAAAUAAUCAUAAUUAUAAAAAGAAAUACAAGAUUAACAAAUCUCAAUUGAGUAAUAUGAAAAUAAUAUUAAAAAAUAUUAAGAAGAGUAAUUGUAAUUAAAUCAAUUAAUUUAUCAAUAGAAAUCUUAAGAAAAUAUAUUUCAAAAUACAAUUUAAGAGAAUGAAAAGAGAAUUUAACAAUGCUCAGAUAUAAUUCAAGAUUAAAAGAUUUAAUUAGAAAUAUUAAACAAAGCUAUUUAAAAUUCUAACUAAAUAAAAGAAUUAGAAAAUAAAUUUCAAAUUUAAAUUAAUAAAAUACUUGAUUAACAACUUUAAUGUCAAAAGGAAAGUGACAAAUAACAAUAGAAAGUUUUCGCAGAACUCAAUUCAAUUAAAUAAAGUUCUUUGUAAUUAUAAUAAAACCAAUAAGAAUUACAAAAGGAUAUAAAUAGAUUACUUAAUGUCAUUCAAUAAUAUUAAUAACAAAUUUAAUAAUAGGAACCAAUAAAAGAAAAGUCUUAAAUAAUAGAUUCACUUAAAAAAGAAAUUCAACUUCAUUUUGAAAAUGUAAAAAGAAAUCCUACAACUAUCUGCUAAGUACUAAAAUCGAAAAUUUAUUUAUUGUUUGAGGAAAUUAAAAAAGAAAUCUCCUUUAUAAUUCAAAAUAUAGAUGAUGUUAAGUUAUAAGGUAAAUAUUUAGUCUAAGAAUCUUAUAAAUACAAUGUGAAUAUGGAGAAAAUGAUUGCUAACGAUUUGGAAAUCUUAAAAGGAUGGAAAUUGGUAUUUACUGAUCUUUAGAAAAAAUUCAAAAAAUGA